AUGGCCUCUUAUACCACAGACAACCGACACGAUAGACCCACUGUGCCGCAGAUCAACGUAGAGAACACAAACAUAGAUGAUGCAAAUGAAAUCCAGCCAUCUACAGGCUCUAGCUCGGCGUCACCUACCGCACGAGGACAUUCCCUUAGUGUCAGCACUGUUGCGGGCAGAGACCGAGCGCUCAGCGGCAGCACUGCAACCCCUCCGAGCCCGCAUCUCGAAGUUCCCAAGUCGGCCGGCGGCGUCUCCAGCAGCUCCUCGAGUAUUCUCUCCUUUGGCGACCGGCAAGAUGCCCUGCAUCCCGAUCCAGGAACCGAAGCCGACUUCACGCGAGAGAACAAUAAAUUUGCCUUCGCACCUGGACAUUUGAACAAGCUUCAGAACCCAAAAUCGUUAAAUGCAUUUGUUGCGCUUGGUGGCCUUCCUGGCAUUGAGCGCGGUCUUCGAACCGAUAUCGAUGCCGGUCUCAGUGCAGACGAGACGCACUUGGACGGUACCGUAAGCUUCGACGAAGCCACCGGUUACUACAAGAAAGUGCGAGAGCUUGGCAGCGGCGCAGCCGCCCUUCCACGUCCGCUGGCGGUCAGACAAGCGACUUCGCCACCAGCAACUGGUGGCUCGUCCGAGGCCUACAGCGAUAGAAUACGCGUCUUCGAUCGAAACGUCCUUCCUGCUAAGAAACCCACACCGCUCUGGCUGCUCAUGUGGAGAGCCUAUCAGGACAAGGUUUUGCUUCUGCUGACCGGCGCUGCCGUGAUCUCCUUGGCCCUGGGCCUUUAUGAGACCUUCGGCGUCGAGCAUCCGCCUGGUUCUCCGCCCCCGGUGGAUUGGAUUGAAGGCGUCGCCAUAUGUGUUGCGAUCAUCAUUGUCGUCCUCGUUGGAUCGCUGAACGACUACCAGAAGGAACGGGCCUUUGUCAGGCUCAACGCUAAGAAAGAGGAUCGCGAAGUCAAGGUUAUCCGAUCUGGCAAGUCUUUCAUGAUCUCUGUGCACGACAUUCUCGUUGGCGAUGUCCUUCAUCUCGAACCAGGCGACCUUAUCCCAGCCGACGGUAUCUUUAUCAGUGGCCACAACCUCAAAUGCGACGAAUCGUCUGCGACUGGAGAAUCCGAUCAGCUCAGAAAGACCGGUGGAGAGCAAGUCUUGCAGCUCCUCGAACAGGGUCAUACGGAUCUGCACGACAUGGAUCCAUUUAUCAUCUCGGGUGCCAAAGUUCUCGAGGGCGUCGGCACUUAUCUAGUUACCUCGGUCGGUGUCAAUUCUAGCUACGGCAAGAUCUUGAUGGCUAUGCGACAGGAAAUGGAACCUACGCCGCUCCAGAUCAAGCUCGACGGACUCGCUUCAGCCAUUGCAAAGCUCGGCACAGCCGCAGCUGGUCUGCUGUUCUUCGUCUUGCUCUUCCGCUUCCUCGCCGGGUUGUCAUCGAGCCCUCUUUCGGCCCCCGAGAAGGCUUCGCAGGUCACUGAUAUCCUUAUCGUCGCCAUCACGGUCAUCGUGGUCGCUGUGCCUGAGGGACUGCCACUGGCAGUCACCCUCGCGCUCGCUUUUGCCACUACGCGCCUGGUCAAACUUAACAAUCUCGUCAGAGUCCUCAAAUCUUGCGAGACGAUGGGAAAUGCGACCACUGUGUGCUCUGACAAGACGGGAACACUUACCACCAACAAGAUGACAGUUGUUACUGGAACCUUUGGAGAGGACUCUUUUGACGACAAGAACCAGACUGGCGACGAGCGACGUUCAGCGGCCUUUGGCCAAAGCCUCGACGCAGCGACGAAGAAGCAGUACCUCGAGGCUAUCGCGAUCAACUCAACCGCCUUUGAGGGUGAAGAGGAUGGUGUCCCCACAUUUGUCGGCUCGAAGACCGAGACCGCCCUGUUGACUUUCGCACGCGACGUUCUUGGUAUGGGAUCGCUCGCACAGGAACGUGCCAACGCCGACCUUGUUCAGCUGAUGCCUUUUGAUUCUGGCCGCAAAUGUAUGGGAGCCGUGCAGAGGCUUCCGAACGGCAGUUUCCGCUUUCUCGCCAAGGGUGCUUCUGAGAUUCUUCUUGGACACUGUUCUUCGGUCGCGACUUCCUCCGGUAUCGCCCCUAUGGAUGCGUCUCAGCGCGAAAAGUACGAGGCAGUCAUCGACUCAUACGCAAAGCAAUCUCUUCGCACCAUUGCCCUCAUCUAUAGGGAUUUCCCUCAGUGGCCGCCCGCAGGCGCUCAAUCUUCUGAAGAUCCCAAGACGGCCGAUUUCGACCUUGUUCUCACAGACAUGAUCUUCUCAGGCGUGGUCGGCAUUCAGGACCCUGUGCGACCUGGCGUGCCUCAAGCUGUGGCCAAAUGCCUUCAUGCUGGUGUCACGGUUCGCAUGGUUACUGGAGACAACCUUGUCACCGCCAAGGCCAUCGCUACUGACUGCGGCAUCUAUACUGGCGGCACGGUCAUGGAAGGUCCUGUUUUCCGCAAGCUGAGUGAUCAGCAGAUGAAGGAGACACUGCCGACGCUCCAGGUUCUCGCGCGCUCCUCCCCAGAAGACAAGCGUAUUCUCGUUACCCGGCUUAGGGAGAUGGGUGAGAUCGUCGCAGUGACCGGUGAUGGAACGAAUGAUGGACCAGCGCUCAAGGCUGCCGAUAUUGGUUUCUCUAUGGGCAUCGCUGGUACCGAAGUCGCUAAGGAGGCUUCCGCUAUCAUUCUUAUGGACGACAACUUCGCAUCGAUCCUCACCGCCCUUAUGUGGGGACGCGCUGUCAACGAUGCUGUUCGCAAAUUCCUCCAGUUCCAGAUCACGGUUAACAUCACCGCCGUACUGUUGACCUUUGUGUCUGCGGUCGCGAACCCAGACAUGCAUUCCGUCCUUACCGCUGUACAGCUGCUCUGGAUCAACCUUAUCAUGGACUCGCUAGCUGCACUCGCUCUCGCAACCGACGCACCAACCGAAGAGAUCCUCGACCGCAAGCCGACUCCCCGAACGGCGCCCCUCAUUUCCAUCACCAUGUGGAAGAUGAUCAUCGGACAAGCCAUCUUCCAGCUUAUCGUGACCUUCGUGCUCUACUUCGCCGGUCCCAAAUUCCUCAACUAUCCGACCGCUGAGCUCAACUCCGUCAUCUUCAACACCUUCGUCUGGAUGCAGAUCUUCAACGAGUUCAACAACAGGCGCCUGGACAACAAGUUCAACAUCUUCCAGGGCAUGCACAGGAACUACUUCUUCAUCGUCGUCAACUGCUUCAUGGUCGGUGCCCAGGUCGCCAUCGCUUUCAUCGGUGGCAGGGCUUUCUCGAUCGUCCGCAUCAACGGCGAGCAGUGGGCUAUCUGCAUCAUUGUUGCUGCAUUCUGCCUGCCGUGGGCGAUCGUCAUAAGAACGUUCCCGGAUUGGCUAUUCGAGCGCAUUGCCAAGUUUGUCGGCAAGCCGGUCGUCGUGGUCUACCGACCUUGCGCACGCUUUACGCACCGCGUCAGUGCCAAGCUGCACCGCAAGAAGAAGGGUGGAAGCGCGGACGAGGAUGGUGUCGGACUGAGUGACACCCCGUCCACCGUGUCCGUUCCUGCUAUCGAGACUACGGCCCCGGGUGAUCUUGAAAAGGGCCGUGCGUAA